AUGGCGAGGAGAGAGGAUCAACGAAGUAUGAUAGGUUCUACACUGCUUAAUAGCUGCAUUUCUGACGACAAACAGGGCCAGGUCAACGUGACAACCGAAGAUAUCGUACCAAUGAUGACCGUCGGCGGCGGCAGGACUUGGGUCAGGGUCGCGGUCAUAUUAGAGGAGAUCCUGACCUCUGGACCCCCACGUAUGAUCGACGGCACAAUCGACAGCGAUCCCCUUCCCCGAACCGUAGGCAACGUGACCAUACUCGGUCUGUAUCUCCGGUACCACGCGGUCGGAGUUUUAGGCGCGAACAAGAUCAGCGGCGCCCGAACUGAUCAGCGGAACUCUCCGGAUGCCGCGCAGUUUGAUCUCUCCGUCGAGCUCGAUACUGCAUACACACGUGGUACCCAUCGAUACGAGCGGGAUUCACGCGAGCGCGCAUCAACUUACCCGCUGAAUGGUGCUUCUUCACGGGUCCAAGAUGCGGCAUCUGAGACGCCCCCAGCAGGUGUUAAUGAGUUCAACAAUCGCGUGGUGAACACGGAUGAGAACCACACACUCCAACUAGCUCACGACCGUGCUAGAUAUCAUCCACCGCCGUCUUUGCGCAACAAUGACCCACCGAAUUUCGACGACAUCGAGGAAGUAAUCGCUGCCAGCAAAUUCGUUCUUUUCAAAAAGCCUGACUGUAAUAAACCAGUAGUAGGUUUCAACGUCGUUUACGAGGGCGAAGACGAAAAGACAGAUCUCAUUGACUCCAACUCUGUACAAGUCGGUGACAUCUGGGAAAUUCAUGAGAUGGGCCCAACCGGCAACCGAGACGCGUUCUUAGGCGACGGCAAGACCACGCCUUCAUCGGGAGGUCUCCACAGCUCAAAGACCACCAGGGUCGUGGUUACUGGCGGGACUGGCGAGAGGCGGACUGGAUUCAGAAUCACCAGCUGUAACAACACGCUCCAAGAAAAGAUUAAGAAAUCGGGCGAGGUGUCGAGAUAUUUCUUGAUCCAUGUGGAAGGUCGACCACCGCCUUCAAACACAGCCGGACUUCCGACUCUUCGCGUCUCUUCCAGCGCAUACUGGAUGGCAUUCUCUGCAAUGGAUACCGAGAAUAUCGUCACCUUCCGGCCGGAUAAUAUCAUGCGCCUCAUAGGAAGGGCUCACAUCGCUGAUGUGCAGAGGGCUGUGCAGCAGAGGAGUCAGCAAGACAUUAUAGGAGUGUCAACUUUGGCUCAAACAUUCCAAGCGACGAAUCCGUACGGGCUGUUUCCUCCCUCUAGCUCAUUGUCAAAUUCGGCAGUCGCCAAUCCUACACCACCGGGUGUGCAGCCAGCACAGCCCCUGACGGCUCACCCGAGCUUCAAUCCGCCCACUGGCCCGCGCGCAGAGUUUAGACGGUCUGAUCGGUUACGGACUCAACCACCGCCAGAUUAUCGUGAUACAGGACGUCGGCAGGGUGCGACGGGGCCAGCAUCACAGCCCGCUCCACAGACCAUCACGCAUCCACCUCCAGCUCGUCCGACUCUUCCAUCCGGGGACCAAGCAGUCCAGGAUCUUCGAGGCGCUACGAAUGGCCGUAGCCCUGCGCAGCGGUCCACGGAAACCGGUCAGCCUCGUACAAACGGCACAGACACCAAGCGCAAGAGAGACGAUUCGGAAGACGGGCCUCGCAAGAAUCGCCGGCGCGGCUCCAUUUAA